AUGACGACUGUUAACUAUUGGGCUGUGGCAACAUGUACAUUAAUCAAUAUAAUUUUAGGAGGUUUAUGGUAUUCUUCAUUACUUUUCGCCAAGCCAUGGGCUAAACUUAUGGGUCUCGAUUUGAACAAAAUGAAAAACGACCCAACCGUUCAAAAGAACGCCCAAAAAGGUUAUAUGAUCAGUACAGUGUGUCAUUUUAUCAUGGUCAUCGUUCUGGCACAUUUUAUUCAACAAAUACUCGGAUCGAGCUCAUGGCUUGAUGGAAUGAAAAUUGGCUUUUGCUGUUGGCUUGGCUUCGCCUUGACAAGUAUGCUACCAAACCAUAUUUUUUCGAAAAAUGACUUUUCAUGGAAACUUGCGGCUAUCAAUAUCGGUUACCCGAUGGUGGGCGCAUCAUUAGCGGGUGCAAUACUUGGAGCCUGGCGCUAA